AUGAAACAAAUAAUGAUGCUACUAUUGAUCGCGUCGAGCAGUGGGAUACCAGUGGAAGCUCAAAAAUCACUCGUUGACAUACCUGAAGACGCUGCUAUGACCUUCAAUGAUCUCGCUCACAAAUACGUACAUAAAUGUGAAGAAUACGACCUGAUAACUGAAGACGGAUAUAUUCUUAAGCUAUUUCGAAUCCCGGGAGACGAAAGUAAACCAAUUCUUUAUAUUCAUGGUGCUGUAGAUUCGACUGACAGCAUCCUUCUGAGAGGAAAUUCUUCACUCGCCGUUGCACUGAAUAAAGAUAACUACGACGUGUGGGCUAUCAAUCUUCGAGGAAAUAAAUAUUCCCGACGACACAGCACUAUGGAUCCAGACACAGAUAGUAGAUUCUGGGCAUACAGUGUACACCAGUUUGGUUACUAUGACCUGCCAACUGCAAUUGACUUUAUUUUGAAAAAAACUAAACAAAAUCAAUUGAGUGCCAUUGGUUACUCAGAAGGAACAACAACAAUGUAUGUAUUAGGUGCAACGCGUCCCGAAUACAAUGAUAAGGUCAAAAUAUUCAUAUCAUUGGCGCCAAUCUGUUAUUUGCAUAACGUAUUGCCAUACAUGUCGAUUGCCAUGGAUUUAGCUCCGGUAGUGAAUGACGCUUUAAUAGCCCUCAAACAAGAAGAGGUUUUAGGUUCCAACUCAUCAAGUACAGCCUUCGUAAACACUUUAUGCAGUCCGACAGUAAUAGGUUACCAGCUUUGUCUUUUAAAUGGUUUGUUUCUAAUGACGGGUUCGGACACAAAAGAAAUUGAAUCUAGCUUCUUGCCAGUAAUACUGGGUCAUUUUCCGGCUGGCACUUCGAGGAGAAACUUACUUCAUUUAGUACAGAUACGAGCAAAACAGAGAUUUGCUAACUACGACUUUGGAAUGGUCGGUAACUUGCUACAUUACAACAGCUUAGCAGCCCCAGGUUACGAUCUGAGCAAGGUGACAAUGAAAGUAGCACUGAUAGCAGCGAAAAAUGAUAAGAUAUCGACGAUCAAAGAUGUGAACCUGUUAAGAAAGCAACUGCCGAACGUCGUUGACUACAAGAUCAUUAAAAAUAAAUUAUUCAAUCACGUGGACUACAUCUGGGGCAGGAGUACACACAAAACUUUGUACCCUUACAUGUUCAAGUUACUGACAAAAUAUCAAUGA